GGAGCAGAACAGCACCAAGGCCGAGCAGGUCUUGGCCGAGGUGGCCAAGGCCAUUGGCGAGUACCCUGUGGACUUCUGUGGGGCUUGGAUCCUGACGGGGAACGAGGAGGGCUCCUUUGGCUGGAUCACCGUCAACUACCUGCUGGAGACCCUCGUCAAGUUUUCCUUUGCAGAGAAAUGGGAACAUCCACAGGACACUGAGGUUCUGGGAGCUCUGGACCUUGGAGGCGCCUCCACACAAAUAACCUUCCAGCCUGGAGUCACCAUUGAGGACAAGAACACCUCUGUCUUCUUCAGGCUGUACGGCAGCAACUACUCGCUCUACACCCACAGCUACCUCUGCUAUGGGCGGACGCAGGCCUUGAAGAUGCUGCUGGCAGAUCUCCACCGCAGCCCGUCUGCCCAGGAGAUAUCGCACCCCUGCUACCCCAAGGGAUACCAGGAGAACAUCACCACGGCAGACCUCUAUGACAGUCCCUGUGUCCAUGCCCCGAGCACACCCAGCUCUGCAGAGGUCCUCACGGUGACGGGGACGGGGGACCCAGCGGCGUGCAGCACCGCCAUCCAGAAACUCUUCAACUUCAGCUGUGGGGCCAACGGGACGUGCGGGUUCAACGGGGUCUAUCAGCCGCCCGUGCGGGGACAGUUCUUCGCCUUUGCUGGGUUCUACUACACCUUCCACUUCCUGAACCUGACCAGCCAGCAGUCUCUAAGCAAUGUCAACUCCACAGUCCAGACCUUCUGCAAGAAGAACUGGACAGAGCUGGAGGAGACCUUCCCGCAGGAGAAGGGGUACCUACACACGUACUGCUCCGCGGCGAUUUACAUCUUGACGCUGCUGCUCGAUGGCUACAAGUUCAACGAGCACACGUGGAGCAGCAUCCACUUCAACCAGCAGGCAGCAAACACGGACAUUGGAUGGACGCUGGGCUUCAUGCUGAACUUCACCAACAUGAUCCCCACGGAGGCUCUGGAACACGUCAAGGGGCACCAGCCCAGUGUGUGGGCAGGUGUUGUCUCCUUCAUCGUGCUGGCCAUAGUGGCAGGUCUGGUGGCCAUUUUCCUCCAGUAUUUCUGGAAAACCAAGUAG